CCGGCCACCGGCCACCGUUGGCUAUGAUUUCGUAGGUUAUGUUAUUGUUUUCGUUGUAUUAUCCAUGAAAGAAAAUUAUCUUAGCUACAGCUCUAAGCUCAACGAGUCCUUAGGAGUUUUGAAUGCUGUCAGACUGUCAGAAAUUUUUUUGAAUCAGCCUGAUUCUAACCAUGGCCGAGGACCCUGCAGUAGAAAAACUAAGUGCUGGUCUUCUGGAAUUAUAUCAAUCUCCACUUCAGAAAUUAAAAAUUGAACUCGAUGAACUGAACAAGAAACAAGGAAAUUUAUGCAGCCAACUUCAUGAUGAAAGUGUCAAGUUUCAUGGUUUAGAUCCUGGAGAGGAGCUCAAAAAAACUUUUCUAAUGAUGAAGGUUUAUCAGACAAGAUUAGAAAAUGUAAAGAAAGAAAUGUUUUCUCUGCAAGACCGAGCAAAAAAAUUGAAGAAACGAGCACUAAGACUACAACAAAUGAAAGAAAAAGAAGCUUUGGAACGGGAAAUACGCAAAGAAUCAAACCAGUUGCGAGAACAGGACUUAAUUGCAAAGCCAGGAAGCUCCAGUUGACAGUCUAAUCUUUCACUCAUCACUUGAAUGAUGUUCAUGCAUUUGUGUUUUGUUAAUAUUUCUAGGCUAUUAUGUUAGCAUAUUUUUGUAAUCAGGUGUAUAGGGUUUUUGAAAUCAAAACAUUUGUUACUGUGUAACUUCUAGCAAUAUUAUUGAUGUGAUAUUAUUGUUAAAUCAUUGUAAGUAUUAUUGCCAUCUAUUUCUAUAAAGAUCAUUGAAAAUUAAACUGUACAAAGGAUUGAAAAUACUUAUUUUUUGUAAGCAAGAAUACGUUUUGUUAAAAUUUUUGCAAAAUGAUUAUACUUGCCGGAAAUUUCUUCUAAUUUAGAAUCUCUUAUUCCUUUGUUGAAACAGUAAUACCUUGGAAUCUUGAGGAGAUAGAGGAAAGCAAGAAUUGAAGAACCAGCUGAGAACAUUUUAAAAAUAAAAGCUUCCAAAACAGAGGAAACUUAAUCUUUAAUAACUUUUCCCCAAAAAUCAAGUUUUUCAUGUUAAUGAAAUUCUUUAAAUAAAGAACAAUGUUACCUUAAA